UCAGACCGAGCGGGCCUACCAGAAGCAGCCCACCAUCUUCCAGAACAAGAAGCGGGUGCUGCUGGGCGAGGGUGGCAAGGAGAAGCUGCCCCGCUACUACAAAAACAUCGGCCUGGGCUUCAAGACUCCCAAGGAGGCGAUUGAGGGCACCUACAUCGACAAGAAGUGUCCCUUCACUGGUAAUGUCUCUAUCCGUGGCCGAAUCCUGUCAGGUGUGGUUACCAAGAUGAAGAUGCAGCGCACCAUUGUCAUCCGUCGGGACUACCUGCAUUACAUCCGCAAGUACAACCGCUUCGAAAAGCGCCACAAGAACAUGUCUGUGCAUCUCUCCCCCUGCUUCAGGGAUGUCCAGAUUGGGGAUAUUGUCACCGUGGGAGAGUGUCGUCCCCUCAGCAAGACUGUCCGGUUCAAUGUCCUCAAAGUCACAAAAGCUGCUGGUACCAAGAAGCAAUUCCAGAAGUUUUAAAAACAGCGUAAGGAAGAUACGCAGGACAAAUAAAAGUUUUGUAAAAACGUA